AUGUCCCGUUGGCUUCUCGUCUUCCUCUUCCUCUCCGUCACCUCCGUCUCUUCCGAAGAUCUGCGCAUUUCGGGAAUUAGGAAUGGUCCUCCGGCCGUUAGUCGAUUGAAUCCAAACGAGAAGUUCAAGCUGAAGGUGUAUGGAAACAAUCUGAAAGCGACGGACGACUUCUACUUCACGACGGCGACAAGAUGCGAGGAUUUUCACUUGACGAACAUCAGCGCCGUGAGCACCGUCCGAGCUGUUCCCGUUCGGAGGAGUCCCGACUGCAGGAGUGUGACUCUUCAAGUCCCCGGCGGCCUUCCCUUCGACACUUCCAAUCACGUCUACCAUCUUUGCCACCGAAACGGAACUUACCCGAUGGGCGAAAAAUAUCUGAGAGUGGAGAAGAUUAUUGUAGAGCACAAGAACUACAGCAUAGACCAGUUCCUUCUGUGUCUUUUCUGCAUUCUCAUGGCCGCCUACUCUUCGGGAAUGACACUCGGAUACAUGAAAUUUUCGAUUGUCGAGCUGAACAACAUGAUCAACACGGGAGAUGCGUCAACGGCCGUGAGUGAACGUAGCUGGCCUUCUGAAAUGACGUUUUCCGUUCCAGAACCGAGCUCAACGCAUCCUGCGUUUCCGACGUCGUUCCAAUUGGCUCGUCGUUGCUUUCUCGCUCUUCUCUUCCGUUUUCACCGUCAUAUUCACCACAAGGGUUGAGAGAAUGCUGGACGGAUCGCCGAACGAGGAGAUGCUCAAGAUCCUGGUGCCGUCGCUGAUCCUGUUCUGUUUCGCCGAGAUGCUUCCGCAGGCCAUCUGCAACAGCAAGCUCGGCUUCAAUCUUGCCUCCGGCCUCUGGUUCAUCACCCUUCUUAUUUUCGCCGUCACUUCUCCCAUCUCCCUUCCAGCUUCUCUGAUCCUCGGACGCUUUCUGAAAAGAAACGUUCGGGAAGUAUUGACGGAGGAGGAGAAGACGUGCAUGAUCAGGAACAUGGCGAAUCAGCAGGAGAAUCAGCAGGAGAAGACGAUCCUCGAGAAUGCGAUGACGUUCUCUUCGAAGAAGGUCCGAGAUCUGAUGGUGCCGAUUGAGCAGGUCUUCACACUGUCACAAUCUCAGAAACUAGACAGAUCGGUGCGUGAUCGACGAGAGCCGUGGCCUGUUCAUCCAUGUUCUUUCAGACAAUCCUCACUCUCGUGGAGAAGGGGUACACGCGAGUGCCAAUCCACGACGACAAGAACAAGGAUACGAUCGUGGGGAUGCUGAACAUGAAAGAUUUGAAUACGAUCACUUCGAUGCUGAGCCGAGAGCCCACUGUCGAGGCGGUGCUUGCACAUUUGAGCAAGAAGGUGUCGACGGCAAAGAAAUCGGUGAAGUACGUGAACGACGAGAUGAAUGCGCAGUUGCUGCUGCGUCAGAUGCAAACCGGAGACUUUCACUUCGCAUGUGUUGCAAAGUACUUGCCCUACGGGUCAGUCGGAAAUGCGUGCAAUUGAACUGUAUCACAACCUUUCAGGCCGGAGAUCGUGGGUAUCAUUACAAUCGAGGACAUUCUCGAACAGCUGUUCGGAAAGAUCGACGGAAAUAACGAGAAUCGCACGAGAUCCUCGGUCGACGAUCGCGCCGAUAACAAAGUGAUUGUGUGGUGUCGUGGUGCGGGGAACGACCCGAAGUACCCGCUUUCCUUUUCCCACCAGCUCCGUAUCAUCCAGUACGUGCUCAAGGAGUGCUCUGUCUUCCGGAGUCUCGACAUCGGAGUGCUGAAGAUCAAAGAGUUGUUGUCGUCGGAUCGGAUUAGGACGGCCAAAGAAGGAACGAAGAUUUCGGUUGACGACCGGCUCAUUGUGAUCUGGAAAGGGGCGGUCAGAGUGACGAAUCGGAAGGAGACGUUCGAGAAGAAACUGCAGCAGGUGCCGGUCAAGUUGAGGUGAGUACUCCUUGUUCGGAACGGCCUCAAAGUUGAUUUCAGUCCCGAUGAGACGGACAAGGAGAACAGUGACAAUGCGGAAGAGCUCGUCGAAGCCACGCCCCCGCCGCCGGUGCUUGUGCUCGGGAAGGCGGUGCUCAAAAACCUUGUCGACCGGGUGUGCUGUCCGUUUAAAGAGCCCAUCACGGACGAGGAUAUAAUCGAAGACUGUCAGGCACUCACCGACGUCUCCUACUUCAAGGUUCCUUUCAAGAAUGUUCUGAGCAUCCUACUCCAUUUGCAGCUACGUCUUUCGGAUCUUCUGACGACGAUCAAUGGAGUCGAGGAGGACGUUGUGAAGAAAAUGGAUGCGGCGAUGAAACCGAUGAAUAUUUUGUCGCGUGAGAACAUCGAAUCGGCAGGACCAGCACGAAAACGGCUUCUUCCAGAGAGACCCUCCCACUCCACCUCAACCCGAAUGGACAGUCCGGCCGUCUCUGUUCAAUCCGAACCGACGGAAAUCACGCCACUUCUCGGGCCGAGAUAA